AUGACCACAUCAUGGACAAUUCGGUCCAGGAGGAAUGUUGGUGCAGCUGCAUCUGUUAUCCGGCCUGUUUCUCUUAAUUCUCUCCCUGAUCUUUCCGAUGACCUUGAGAUGGGAGGCCGCUCCUCUAAUGGCAGUAGCGCACUCCUUUUACCCUCUGUUGGCUACACAAUUGGGGGUUUGAACCAAAGUGACAGCUCUGAUGACGCUCUUAUUUACCGCUGCCAAUCAAACGCUUCAGUUUCAUUUCUAGGCCGUCAAAUUACUCGCCAAUAUCGCUCGUCCUUUGUACUUUCGGACCAACAAAUGAUCGGAGUGACGCGAUGUGAAACCUUCAAGCCUGAUGAAUCCAAGGCUGAUGUGCAAGUGAGCCUGUCACUUCAAGGACCACCAGAUGAAUCGGUCGUCCCAGGCCACCAACGUUCACGAUCUGCACCCAGUCGCGUUUGCGACUGUCUUGAUGAUAAUCGUGGGUGGGCACGUUUGAUGCUGACUACAGACCGUCCAAGAGACGCUGAACUCCUCAGUCGUUUUGGGAGUCGGAAUUAUUAUACCAAAUGUGAACCCAACUCUUCCUACUUUCAUCGGAGAAUCAUUCCUUAUUACAAUGAGGAAGAAUUUAUGCUUCAGCCAUCUACGCCAACGGUUGUCAAUUCAUCUUUUGAUACGAACCGCGAGGGUCGAAACGAGGUUAAUGAAAGGGACAAUUUCGGUAUACAUGACAGUUUAGCUUCCUCGACUUUGGCUUUGACUCCGAAUCCGGACCCCUUCAUAGAUAGAGUGGAAAAGGAUACAUGUCCACUGCCUUCCAGACAUCAGGCAAACCAUAGUUCACCCUCGCCGUUGGGUUACUUACCUCAAAGUGACAAAGGUAAGAAGAUUAUCGUGAGCAUUCAGCAUCGUGAAGAUGUUGCUAACCAACGAAACUGCAUGAACUACCCUUCUUCCCAAACUCCCGACUUCCUCCCAUCCACUGAGCGAUCCGAAAGCAUUAUUUACCUGAAUCGCUCCAAAAGCGAGGCUUCACUUAGCGCAGCAAAGCCAGCACCUCGCGACCCCUGGCGCGUGCCGCCGUGUCCCGACUCGAUCGAUGACCGCAGUGCAAAUGCAGACAGUACUCUUUCCCUUCAAACCGACCUUGAGAACGAUGAUGCCAUCGAGGAUGCUCCUGCUGCCGUUCCUCCUCGUGUCCCCCAGCCAAGAACGCAAAAUACCGAGGGAAGCCUGUCGCCGUCUUCGCUCUCCUUUGUCAGCUCAACGAAUGGUGUGCUCGUGCGACUGAGCGGUCCCGGUGGGCAACAGUGCGUGUCCAGCUUCUUUAAAGAAAAACCCAAGAAAACAGCAACACUUCACACCUUCCUGCCGGGCAUCGAUAGGGAGAAGGAUGAAGUGGGGCACUUGGGCUCCCAGUUUUCUCCAGUAAUUCAAGAGGAACCGGAAUUGGAUAGCACCUUGGUUGAGUCUGAAGAAGGGAGGGUGGUGACCACACAAACUGGGGAAAGUGUUAAUGUAAAUCCGAUCCCACCCCUGCCAAGGGAACGUAAGAAGUUAGUUUGCAGCGAGAACAAUAUUUUAAGUGCCACUCAGACCGACGGCGGUCGUGGUGGCGUGGACGCCGCGCGCCCCAACUCCUCGAGCGACCAAAAUCACCCCUCCGUUGGUCUUAAGGGAACUCGUAAUGACCCCAACCAAAAUGUGUCGGAAGAAAGGGAUGCGGCCAUGCAGGCUUUUCGGGGUGACGCCCAACCACCUGUCGUCGGGCCUUCCAAUUACCACUCCUGCGCCCUAGGCGAGGUGUUUAAUGAACCAAACAAAUUGGACCCGGCAUACCCGUUGCUAAUUUUCGCCCCACAAACUCUUGAUCUCUCACAGCUGCAAGCCGAGUCAGAUGCAUGCCACUCACAAUCCACAGACCGAGCUAGAAGGCACCAAACCCGCGACAGGCCACCAGUCGAUUUGGGUGAACGCAAACUGCGCUCGGGUUUUUGUGCCCGACGGAGCGCCCCAAAGCACAUCCACCACAACCUGCUCGUUUGCACUCUUUAA